UUAAGAUUCAAAGCUGCCCAACUGCUUGUAGAGGGACAAUAGAAGUGGCACAAAAAUGCCUGUCUUCCUCCGCAAGCAGCCCCUGGACAUACCUUCACCCACUGAAAAGGACUGGAUUAAGAAAGACGAAGAGGAAGAUAUAUUCUUGAAAGAUCCAUAUGAGUUCCGUGAUACUUUGCCUCAGCCUUAUCGGAUGAUCAAUAAACUGGUGAAUCUCUUGCUUGAGCGAACCUGGGAAAUUGUUGAAGGGCCGCAACCAUUACAGGAAACCAGGCAACCAAAGGUUCCACCCCCAAAGUACCCACCUUCAUCUGAAUUCCAGGUUGAGGGAAGGGCAAACUGCAUGGUAGCCACUGGAGAAUUCAUCUUCAUUGGCUUUUCUAUGGGACUAUCUGUCUUCAGCAUACCCACAUGUGAAAAGCCCACAUGUGAGAAGGUAUGUGCUUGGGAGGCAGCCAACCUUGAGAUUUGUGCCAUCAAGGUUUCAAACUUUGGCAGUAGCUCCUAUCUCAUUGGUUCAGUGGAUGAUCUGGGUAUUGCUCGUCUUUUUUACUUUUUCAAGGAGAAUCUGCUGGCUAUAAAAACCAUAAAUGAAGUGGAAGAUAUUAGCAAGCGAAAUACAUGUGUGGCACUGGAACUCUCUCGCGGGGCUGAUUAUGCAGGUUUUCUGCUACAAGCAGGCACCUCGGAGGCUUGGCUGGAGAUCUACCGAUUGCCUAAGGAUUCUUGGCUGAAAGAGGCAGAAAAUGCCCAGAAUGUAGCACUUACAGUUCCAGCAAACACCAAGGACAUGAAAGUUAACCAGGCAAACCUGCCAGAGAAGGCUGCGGUAGAGGUGGAUAAGAAAAAUAAGAAGUCUCCGGAAAUCCAAGGACUGGUUGCUGAAGAGGUGGAUCCUCAAGUGCUUCUAAGCAGACUUGAAUCGAGGCUGCUUCCCCCUGUUCUGUUGCUGAAGAUCAGAUCACCCAAACCAUUUGCACCAAGCACAUUUAAGCAUCCUUAUGAAGCCUUAAUGAAGAGUGAUGAUGGCAGUGUGACUGGCUUGGGAUACAACCAUAUGCUCAAGGAAAGCCAAUGGGAGCGGCAGGAGGCGAUAUUUAAUAGCACUUUCCAACAGUAUCUGGAGACAGAAGAUGAGCUAGAGAUCAAGGAGGAGAAACCCAGCAAUGCUAUGUUCCAUUUUCACUUGCCUGGCCGCACUUUGCCUGUUGGAACCGAAUUCAGAGCCGAGCCAGAUAUGCCCAUUGCUCUCAGCAUUCACUGGAGCAGGAGCCACAACCUCUGCUUCUACCUUCUCAGUCGCCCAUCAAAGGAGAAAAUUGAUUCUGAUCCAAAACCAGACAUGGUUUGGCCCUGUGCCUCUCCACUCAUGUAUUCGGCCAUCACACCUUGCUCCUCUUACCUGGCUUUUGCUUGCGAAGAUGGAACCAUUACUGUUUGGGAAAAAUCUAUUGGGUUCCCGUUGUCUGUGACUGUGCUCCCUGAAGGAUACAUUAUACGAAGCAUCCAGUUCAUGCCAUGUUCACCCUCACUCAGCGAGAAAGUUCCUGGCUCCAGUGAAGUUCUUGCGAGUACCAAAGUGAAGCUUCUGGUGUUGUGCACAGAUGGGUCUCUCCACCUGAUUACAUCGGGAGCCAAAGAAUUUGACACCAAGCUGCUGGGGCCUGAGACUCCCAAUCAGACCAUCACUGCUAUAGCAACCAUUUCUUCCUUACCUGAUACAGUGCUGAUUUUCUUCUGGGACGGCACAGCCAUUCUGAUGGACACCACCACAGAAGAUUAUAUUUCCCAGUUCAUCAUGCCUCCCUCCUACAAGGUGGCAACUUCCUGGCAGCCUGUUUUUUCUGUGGAUACUCAGGGCCAAUACUUGCUCCUCCAAGGGAUCAAGCAGCAAACUGAAACUACUUUCCUCUUUGACUUCACAACUUACCCAUUCACGGAGGCUUUCACCCUGAAAGCCAAAGAGCCACCCAAAGACUUAGCCGUAGCAGUCCUACCCUGGGACAAGCGCUGUAACAUCUUCCUAAAAGAUAGCUUGCAGCGGCUGUCCACAAUUAGCCAACAGAUGCCCGAGUGCUGGAGCCUGCUGCAGAACUACGCAAAAGCCUUAGCAAAGGGAGAGUCACAAGAAGUGGUAGAGGAAGAGGAAUCUAGGGAUGCUGAAGAGCCAUGACACAUCGGCCGGCACAGUGGUCAAAGGACUCAGUGAUGAGCCAAUGAAUUACACUCUGCAUGGACAGCAUCCUUGCCAUUUGCUCGAGCGCUUUGAGGAAUUCUGGCUGUGAGAGUAACUUGGCUAUUUUUUCCCAUAACCAUUUUUUGGGAUCCUUUCAAAGAGCACCCGAUCCACCAUCACAAGCCUUCAGGCUCUGAACCCAAUAGGUAAUGAGUUCCAAAACGGGAAUAGACUGUCAAGCUUAAAGGGCAAACCUUGUUAAAAUGUAAUUAAUGUCAGAGAAGGGCAAGGUGGAAGUGGAGCAAAAUACAGGAGACAUAGGCAAAGAUACUGGGAAACUGGAAUAUGUGAUGCUACAGAAUAUUGAAGAAAUCUCUGCAAGUGGUCUAAGUCUACUGUCUGUUCCAUCACCACCUCCUCAUGUGCUCAUUCUCCCUUCUGAACCUGAACCUAUAGAUAGGGCCUAGGUUUGUUUGCUUUUAAUUCUUGCAUGACACCUACCAGUGUUCGACAUCUUAAAAAUGAAUAGUACUGCUACUAAAAUACAGCAAAUAAAUAACAACAGAAGACACUAUGCUCACUUUGUUAAUAUGGGAACCUUACAUGCAAAUAAAUUGCAGAGGCGCAAGAAAA